AUGCCGCCAUUAGCGCCCCAAUCCUCAAGUGACGAUUACGCGCUUCGUCGGGACUAUCUUGCAUCCUCAAGGUCAGUAUAGACUAGCCACAAAUAACACUAAUGAUACCAUUCCUGACGGCUGAUAAAUCAAGACUCAAUAUUCAGUCCCGCCUAUGGAGAGAUUCUCUUGGAUAUACAAUACACCCCUGUAUCCCCAAGUUACAGGAUGAUGCUCGUAUAGCAGACAUUGGAACUGGUACUGGGUAAGUGAUGGCAAAAUCGUUGAAGAGGCCUAUUCUGACUAUGCUUGCAGCACUUGGAUGGUUGAAUUCGCCUUACAAAAGCAAUCCACAACCAUUCAGCUCGACGGUUUCGAUAUUGACAUAUCGCAGUGCCCUCCAUCUCAGUGGCUGCCACCAAACAUAGAGUUUCGUCUGUGGAAUGCCUUUAAUGAUGUCCCUACAAGUCUUCAUGGUGUAUAUGACUUAGUUCAUAUUAGAUUGUUUAUGAUAAAUAUCAAAAAUAAUGAUCCUUCAGCCAUAAUUCAGAAUGCUUACAAGAUGCUGAGUUUGUUUACCUGAUGAAUACGUUUGUCGAUAUCUUACUAACGAACCAUAUGCGUAUUAGAGCCAGGAGGAUGGCUUCAAUGGGAAGAAGUUGACAACACAAACAAUCAUCUUGUCAAAUUAGAUGACUCUCUGGAGGUACCAGCGAUGGAAUCGCUACUGAACUACAUCCAUGUAGGAUCAAGAAACCACCGUGGAGGUGACGAGUAUGUUACCAGUAGUAGUCUUCUGAUUUUGCUGAUUCUUCAUAGAUGGUUUCUAAACAUAGUGAACACCCUCGGGUCCAGUGAUUUUGCAAAUGUUACCUUGAAACCUCAUGAGGAUCCCCCAAUCCUUCGACGCUGGGUUUUUGAAACGUGAGCUGAUAUGUAUUCUUUUUAAUGAUAAGAUGUUAACAUCGCGACCUCUAGCUGGCUUUUGACCCUGGAAGAGUUUUCUACGACAAAAUUGAGAGGAACAGAGCAGGAGACUACCAACUUGCGACUCAUAAAAGAGGCAUAUGAAGAAUCUAAGCUGGGGGCAGUCAUUCAACUUGGAAAACUAGUUUGCAUUGCUCAAAAGCUCGGGUAA